UCUUGCUGCUGCCAGGUCCAGAGUGUCUCAUGGGUCCCUGUACGGCCUCCCAUUGCUGCUGUCUCCAUCGCCACACUCUGCCAUGUGCCACUUUUCAGGUCUCCUCACACUGCUGGUGGGGUUCCAUUUUGUCAUAGGGUGCUGGCAGAUUACGGGCCUCCCAUUUAUUUUUGCUGCUGCCAGGCCCGUAAUCUGCCAUGGGCCCCCGUACCGCCUCCUCAUGCUGCUGCCAGGUCCAGAGUGUCUCAUGGGUCCCUGUACGGCCUCCCAUUGCUGCUGUCUCCAUCGCCACACUCUGCCAUGUGCCACUUUCAGGUCUCCUCACACUGCUGGUGGGUUCCAUUUUGUCAUAGGGUGCUGGCAGAUUACGGGCCUCCCCAUUGCUACUGCCAGGCCCGUAAUCUGCCAUGGGCCCCCGUACCGCCUCCUCAUGGCUGCUGCCAGGUCCAGAGUGUCUCAUGGGUCCCUGUACGGCCUCCCAUUGCUGCUGUCUCCAUCGCCACACUCUGCCAUGUGCCACUUUCAGGUCUCCUCACACUGCUGGUGGGUUCCAUUUUGU